ACCAAACAAAAGGAAUGUCUGGGGUGAGGACAACAUCUGCAGGUUAGACAGACGUGUGGCUCAUUCUCUCUCUCUCUCUCUCUCAUCCAUCCAUCCAUCCAUCCAUCCACUCACCCACUCACUCACUCUGUACGAGGAGAGAGCUCAACACUCAUCUCACACACACACACACACAGAGAGAGAGUGAGUGAGUGCUGCAAAAGUUCACUUGACAGAGUAUUGAGGCAGAGAGAGAGAGAGAGAGAGAGAGUGAGAGAGCGGUGGUCAGUGGAUGGGAGUGGAUGUCAACUGCAGCAGCAACGACAGCCUUUGGGAACUUGGGCUUCUCGGAGUGUGCUCCCUGUGGAAAACUGUUCUCUUUUGACUGCAAAAAGUAGGAAAUAAAUCCGUCUGCUUGCUGUGUUGUUGGCUCGACUCUAAAAGUGCUUUCAUGAGGUAACGUUGGGCCAAAACAAUCUUCUCAGUGGUUUCGGGAACCAAGAAAUGGGCCAGAAAAUCUCAGGGAGUAUAAAAUCUGUGGAUGUGAGGGAACCGGCCUGCAGGCCUGUUAAGCGGCAGCUGAGAGGGCUUGACUUCUGCAAACCCGCUCGUCUCGACAUGCUCCUGGAUAUGCCAUCUGCCUCCCAAGAGGUCCAGCUGAAGCACGCCUGGAACAACGAAGACCGUUCUCUGAAUAUUUUUGUGAAAGAAGACGACAAGCUGACCUUUCACAGACACCCGGUAGCCCAGAGCACAGAUUGCAUCCGCGGCAAAGUAGGGUACACACGGGGCCUUCACGUUUGGCAGAUUCACUGGCCCACCAGGCAGAGGGGAACCCAUGCUGUGGUUGGGGUGGCAACAGCAGAAGCCCCACUGCAUUCUGUCGGAUACACCUCAUUAGUUGGCAGCAAUCAUGACUCGUGGGGUUGGGACUUGGGUCGCAACAAAGUCUACUACAAUAGCAAAAACCAGCCGGGGCCAACGUACCCAGUGUUCUUGGAGCCUGACGAAUCUUUUGUGUUGCCUGAUGGUUUCUUGGUGGUUUUGGACAUGGAUGAAGGGACACUGAGUUUCAUCGUGGAUGGACAAUACCUGGGUGUGGCGUUCAAGGGUCUGAAAGGGAAAAAACUAUAUCCAAUAGUCAGUGCAGUUUGGGGACACUGUGAGAUAACCAUGCGAUACAUCAACGGACUUGACCCGGAGCCACUGCCUUUAAUGGACCUCUGUCGAAGAUCGAUUCGUCUUUCGCUUGGCAGAGAACGACUGCACGAAAUAGAGUCCCUACCCUUGCCUGCCUCACUGAGGAAUUAUUUACAGUACCAGUAAUGCACAAAUUGGGACUAAGCUGGAAAAUCAAUGCAAAGAGGUGGAAAGUUUACAUCGACGUUUUCUGUGGAGCAUCCCAGAGAAAUAUUGUGAUGACCCCUGCCAAUAGACGUAGAUCUUGUUGAGCAGAGCCCAGCAGAAAUUGCAGGCGUUUCUGUCGCUCAAUGAAGAGAAUAAGUCGACCAGUGCUUAAAGGAAUUCCUAUUUUAACAGCAGAAUUGUACCUUGUCACUAAAUUCUCCUUUAUCAGAGAAACCUCUUUAUAUGCAUUUGUAAUUAUUAGCCAGUUGCCCACGCAAGUCUUAAAUUGUAUUAAAAAAACUGAAUCCUGUAAUAUAUAACAGGUUCUUUGGUUGAAGAUGUUUCCUUGUAAUUCUUUUGUAUUUGUUCAAAUUUCAAAGAGCAGUUGAAGAGAUUCCUUUAACUCAAUGAUCAGUUGGUCUAGACCUGAUGUCAUCACUGGGCUAUUUCAGUAAGUGUUUUUAAAUGCAGAGGUUUUGGCUAGAACUUUUACUAUGCUGUUAAUUUUUUUUGGCAUGGCCAUAAAUUUUUGAAGCAACGAGACGUGUUGCUUAAAAUGGGAGAAGAGAUGAUGUAUACCAUGGCACCUACAUGUAAGAUUCUACUGAUGCAAGAUUGAGGUUCCCUCUGAAGUUCUGCAUGAAGCUUUUUAAAAUAAAAUAAAAAGCACUACUGUAACAGCGUACAAUAUUCACUAUUACAAAGCUCAAGUCACUUUUAUUUGAACAAAGUUUUUACGAAGCUGUUUUACUUCACUCAACUCCAAACUGAGAGAAAAAAAAACUUUGUUCACUGCAAUGUACUGGUUGGUAUGUGUGUGGAAUUGUUUUAUAGGUGCGGUCAGUGAGGCUGUAUUAUAACUCUGCUUCACAGUAGCCAGUCUGCUGAUUGAGAUGAGUCAUUAUCAUUCCUGCUCAGACCUGACCUUUUUAAAAUGCUGCUUAUUUUGUUUUCCUUAGGUAUGGUUUAAAGUUCUCUGGCUGAUCAAUUUUAGUUUUUAACUGGAAACUGUUGCAGUUGCAGGGUGUUGAAUGUAAGGAUGUGCUGCCUUCACAGAGAGUUUAAAUGUGAAUUGACUGAAUAAAGACGUUUCUAAUAAA